AUGAACGGAAAUGUUAACAACACGCACUCACAAGGCAACGCCGCGGCGUUGCCUCUGACACCUGGCAAACGCCUUCGACAACUGCUGGAGAAAAGUGAGGAUAGUAUUAUUGUGGUUCCCGGAGUAUAUGAUGGCUUCAGCGCCAGGAUCGCCCUGGAAGUGGGAUUUGACUGCCUGUACAUGACAGGGGCAGGAACCUGUGCUUCAAAGUUAGGGCAACCUGAUCUGGGUCUUGCGACCCUCAAUGACAUGAGAGAGCACGCUGAGAUGAUUGCCAAUCUCAAUCCGACCGUACCUCUCAUCGCCGAUGCCGACACCGGGUAUGGCGGCCCGAACAACGUAGCGAGAACCGUCGAACAGUAUCAUCGAUCUGGCGUCGCGGCGUUACACAUCGAGGACCAGAUUCAGCCAAAACGCUGUGGUCAUUUGGCAGGAAAGGAGGUCGUCAGCAUCGAUACCUUUGCGCAACGUAUUGCCGCCGCCACACAGGCACGAGAUAGAAUCGGCUCCGAUAUGGUCAUCAUUGCUCGGACCGAUGCUCUGCAGACACAUGGUUUCGAGGAGGCUACCCGGCGGCUCAAGGCUGCGAUCAAUGCCGGAGCGGAAGUCGCAUUCCUCGAGGGUGUAACCUCGAAGGAGGAGGCGAGGACAAUAUGCCAGGUUCUGUCUCCUACACCCGUCCUUCUGAACAUGGUAGAUCAUGGAGCCACGCCGUCAUGGACGACAGAAGAGGCGCAGGAGCUUGGAUUCCGGAUCAUGAUCUUCCCAUUCCUCGCGAUUGCACCUGCGUAUUAUGCGAUCCGUGGCGCGAUGGAAAAUAUCAAAAAGACGGGAAGAUCCGGAGUGCCGGCUGAUUUCACCCCCAAAAAGCUGUUUUCUGUCGUGGGCCUGGAUCGAGCCACCGCAAUUGAUGCCGCAGCAGGCGGUAAGCUGUACAGCAGGGUCUAG